AUGCAGACGCCGGGGAGGAUAGCAACCGCACCAGACGCCUUGGACUUUACUGUGGAGAACGUAGAAAAGGCCUUGCACCAGCUGUACUAUGAUCCCAACAUUGACAACAAGAAUCUGGCCCAGAAGUGGCUCAUGCAGGCCCAAGUUUCUCCUCAGGCUUGGCAGUUCUGCUGGGCUUUGCUCAGCCCUGACAAGGUGCCUGAGAUUCAGUAUUUUGGUGCUAGCGCGCUCCACACCAAGAUCUCCCGCUACUGGUCGGACAUCCCCAGCGACCAGUACGAGUCGCUGAAGAGCCAGUUGUUCACGCAAAUCGCCUGCUUCUCAUCUGGUGCCAAGAUGGUGCUGACGCGGCUCUGUGUGGCAUUAGCCUCGUUGGCGCUCAACACCAUGCCUGAAGCAUGGCCCGGUGCUGUGGCCGAGAUGGUACGAGUGUUUCAAGAGGAAGGUGGAGGAAUCGAUGGGCGAGCUCGCUGUCUAGCGCUUUUGGAGCUGCUCACCGUUCUUCCCGAGGAGUUCCAGACCAGUCGCUUGCCGCAAUACAGAAAGGGACAGGUCAGGGGUGCCCUGGGCCGAGAGUGGGGUUCAGUGUCCCCGCUACUGCAGCAAUUGCUACGACGGACAGACAGCCCUGCAGCAGUGAAGGCCCGAGUGCUGCGCUGUCUGUCAUCAUGGGUGCUGCUGGACGUGCCGCUCAGCGAGAGCGAAGGUCUGGUGCAUGAUUGCUUUGUCGCCUUACCGGACCCCGAGCUUUUUGACACAGCUGUGGAAGCGCUGGUCAAUGCCAUUUCACAGCCUGACUCCCAAAGGUACGUGAACACGUUGCUGAAGCUGGUCCCUCAUGUGCUGGCUCUCCAGGAACAGCUCCGAGAGGCCGUCCAGAGCGGCGACAUGGAGACUUGCCAUGGUAUCUGCCGCAUUGCUGUCACGUUGGGAGAGAACCAUUCUAGGAUUCUGCUGGAACAGGUGGAUCACUGGCAGAGCUUCCUGGCUUUAGUCAACAUGAUCAUGUUUUGCACGGGCAUCCCCGGCCACUAUCCGGUCAACGAGACCACCAGCUCACUCACGCUCACCUUUUGGUACACGCUACAAGAUGAAAUCAUGUCAUUUGAGACAAAUAAGCAGGCAGUGUACCUGCAAGUUUACAGGCCAGUCUAUUUUCAACUAGUGGAUGUUUUGCUACACAAAGCCCAGUUCCCUUCAGAUCAAGAGUAUGGAUCCUGGUCCUCAGAUGAGAAAGAGCAGUUCCGAAUUUACAGGGUGGACAUAUCUGACACGCUUAUGUACGUCUAUGAGAUGCUGGGUGCUGAGCUGCUGAGUAAUCUGUAUGACAAAUUAGGACGACUCUUGACGAAUACGGAGCAGCCCACGUCGUGGCAGCAUAUAGAGGCUUUGCUCUAUGGCUUUCAGUCCAUAGCAGAGACGAUAGACGUCAAUUACUCGGAUGUCAUUCCGGGCCUCAUAGGCCUGAUUCCCAGAAUCAGCAUCAACAAUGUUCAGCUGGCUGACACGGUGAUGUUCACCAUUGGUGCUUUGGCUGAGUGGUUAGCAGACCACCCGGUGAUGUUGAGCAGCGUCCUGCCACUUGUUCUGCAGGCUCUAGGCAACCCUGAGCUUUCCAUCUCGUCUGUUUCCACACUGAAAAAGAUCUGCCGCGAGUGCAAAAGUGACCUACCGCCUUACGCCAAUAACAUAGUAGCCGUAUCUCAAGAAGUUCUAAUAAAGCAGAUCCACAAGACGAGUCAGUGCAUGUGGCUGAUGCAGGCGCUGGGAUUUCUGCUGUCUGCUUUGCCUGUGGAGGACAUCCUGAGGAACCUUCAUUCCCUUAUCACGCCUUACAUCCAGCAAUUAGAGAAGCUAGCAGAAGAGACACCUAAUCCAUCCAAUAAAUUAGCUAUCAUCCACAUCUUGGGGCUGCUGUCCAACUUGUUCACCACGCUUGACAUCAGCAAGCAGGAUGAUGAAUCAGGGGACGGCUCUGCUGUGCCUGUCAAAACAUCCCCUCCCCCACCUGGACCCAACCCGGUGGUGGUGGUUUUGCAGCAAGUGUUUGCCCUCAUACAGAACGUACUCAGCAAGUGGCUGAACGAUUCACAAGUGGUGGAGGCGGUUUGCGCCAUUUUCGAGAAGUCUGUGAAGACCCUGCUGCACGACUUCGCCCCUAUGGUGUCGCAGCUGAGCCAGAUGCUAGGACAGAUGUACAGCACCAUCCCUCAAGCCUCGGCCCUCGACCUUACACGACAGCUGGUCCACAUCUUUGCAAGCCAAACGGAGCACUUCCCGCCCAUCAAGGCUCUGUUUGAGCUCGUUACCUCUGUAACGCUGUCCAUCUUCCAGCAAGGACCCAGGGAUCAUCCUGAUAUUGUUGAUUCAUUUAUGCAACUCCAAGCUCAGGCCCUCAAACGGAAGCCCGAUUUGUACUUAUCUGACAGUCUGGACGUGAAAGCCGUGUACCACUGUGGACUUCUUUCGCUCAAGUUUCCCGAGGCUCCGACAGUCAAGUCAACCUGUCUCUUUUUUACGGAAUUGUUGCCCCGCUGUUUAGAUGUGCCUCCGUUGGCUGGGCUGCUGCAGGAGGACGGCAAGCUGCUGAUCCAGGCCCUUCUGGAAGGUAUCGGCGGCGGGGCCUCUCGGAACCUGAUGGACCAGUUCGCAGAGGUGCUUUUCAGCCUGAACAAGCACUGCUUCUCGCUGCUCGCCAUGUGGCUAAAGGUGACGCUGCAGCCGCCGGGCUUCCCGUCAUCACGGGUAACAGCGGCGCAGAAAGACCAUUUCUCCCAGCAGAUACUUAGAGAGCGAGUGAACAAGCGGCGAGUGAAGGAAAUCGUCAAGGAGUUCACGCUGCUGUGCCGAGGCCUGCACGGCACAGAGUACGCCGCUGAGUACUGA